AUGGCAGCCUCACCGAGCCGCCCCUGCUUCAUCUCCCUCCACGUGCCCUACAAGCAAGGCUGGGCCCAGAACCUGGCCAACACCUUUUGCUUCCAGCCCGUGGCCGUGCGGGAGACACCACGUGUCCGGCAGCUGGCCUUGCGACAGGGAUCUGCCAUCUUCCUCGUCAAUGAGCGCCUGGCGCUGGGGCCUGCCAGUGCCUCCUCCUGUGAUUUCCUCUAUGAUGUGGACCCCCGGCCCACCCUGGGCACGGCCUCCAACAUCUGCUUCGAGGUGGACAACGUGCCGGGUCUCUGCAAGAGGCUGCAGAGCCAGGGAUGCUCCCUGCUGGUGCCACCCACUGAGGUGAGGGAUGAUGGCGGCUCUGUCACCUAUGGGGUGGCAAGCUCCAUCGUGGGCAACAUCAGCCAUACUCUUCUGGACCGAUCCCGCUACCAGGGACCCUUCCUGCCUGGCUUCCAUCCCAUCCAAGGAGCCCCCUCAGCCAUGGAGGAUGGGAUCAAGAUCACCCACUUUGACCACAUCACGUAUGUCUGCCCACGGGGUGGCACCCGGGCGGCUCUGGACUGGUACCAGCGUUGUUUUGGCUUCCAACGCUUCUUGCUGAACCCGCAGGAGAGGCCAGCUGAGGGGUUCGUGCUCGGGGGGCAGGGGGUGGGCAUGCUGCUCCUCGCGCUGCAGAGCACCCAGGGCACCCCGGCACACGGCUGCAAGCUUGUCCUCGCUGAGUCCCUCUCCGAGGACGGCACCAACCAAGUCGACACCUUCCUUGAGCAGCAUGGUGGGGCCGGGAUCCAGCACGUCGGCCUACGCACCACUGAUAUCGUCACCACAACCAGGGCUUUGCAGAAGCAGGGUGCGCGGUUCUUCACACCCCCCACCACCUAUUACAGCCAGGAGGGAAAAGCAGAGGAGAUCCAGGGGGCUGGGCAGGACCCCUGCACGCUGGCAGAGCUUGGCAUCCUACUGGACACCACAGCAUCUGGUGUCAAGGGCCAGCUGGGCACUGAUGCUGCAGAGAGCCCUUCCCAGGAGUAUUUGAUGCAGAUCUUCACCCAUCCCAUCUUCUCCGAGGAGACCUUCUUCCUGGAGCUCAUUGACCGGCGGGGAGCACCGGGCUUCGGGGAAGGCAAUAUACGGGCACUGUGGAAAGCUAUGCAGGUCUAUAUGGACCAGCAGCAGUAG